CAUGAAAUGUUUUGAAGGACCAGCAGAAGUCUCAGAGUCUUAGUUGACACAAUUAACAGCAAAUGGGUGGAGAGCAAUGAUAGACAAAUCCUUCGUUACACUAAGAAUUCUUCAAAGGAAAUUGUUUGGUUUGAGUUACUGGUAAGUGGCUAGGACUCAGUCUAGCAUGAAAUCCAUGUUCAUGGUUAUGAUGAUUGGAUGUGAGCUAUUACAUAUAUGGUAGUAUCCCUUGGGAUUUUAUGGGUUUAUUGAUGUGAGAAAGCUGUUGGAAUUUAGUCUGCUCUAGUUAAACUCCUAUAGUUUGAAAUAAGCUGAGCACAUCUUCAGCUGUCUUUAAGUUAUAAAGCUAUCUUUAAAUUGAUUAGGAAGAAAUUUGAGCUAAGCUGACAUAUAGGGUAUAUGGAAUUUGUGUUCCUUUAUGUAUGCAGGCUUUAAAAUUAAGUUGACUUUAAUUUUAUUUAGCAGAAAUAAGAGUGCAUUGUUGUUGUUUCUUGUUCAGUUGCACUGCAUAUCCACUAGCGGCACAGAGGAAUCUGCUAGAAUGAUGAAAUUUGAGUAGUAGUGUGUGUAGAAGAGCAGGCAGAAAGGAUGUGGAUAAUUAAUGCUUGAUUUAUUUAUGUUGAUGAGUUGACUUACUGUUUGCCUCACAGGAAAACUGUCUUGUGUAUUACAAAGAGAAAGGAGAUUGAUUAAACAAAAAGCACACAUAGAAAGGGAACUCUUGUCUGUAUUCAAAUUUUAAGUCCACUUCCAAGUACAGAAUUUGUUUCUGCGGAGUUCGGGUUUGCCAUAUUAGUCCUUGCCUUUGGUGGACUUCCCUGGCAGUCCUGACAGCCCAUCUCAUGGGUUCUUAAGGAUGUCAUCCAAGCUAAGGGUACGGUAUUUCCCCAAAUGGGGCAUGUUUAACUUUGAAUCUUAAUGUUUGUGUUUAAUGGCUGCUCUUGUAAAAAACAGGUUUAUGCUCAAAUAGCUAUUACAUUAAUUGAUAUAUUUGCUCAGAACAGUUGAGCUUUCGAUCACCUUCCAUCUAUCUACUGUCUUAUCUAUAUUCCCCGUUACCUAUAACCCAACACUCCACAAACACCCUCCCCGCCCCCCCCGCCCUUAGUAGUACUGCAUUCCUGAAACUUUGUAGGUGGUUUUAACUCUGAUAUUAUCACAACUUUUAAGUUACCUCUUUAAAUAUUUGCUUUCUGUGGAAUAUGUUAAAAACCUGUAUAAUUUAUAUGAAUUAACUACGUUCCGUCCUUGAGCUCAGUAAGCUGGCUUCUGUCAUCUGCCUCCAGUUUUACUAUUAAGUAGUCUUUGGGCUACAUCAAAACCAGUUUGUUAUCUCUGCCUGUCUAGAUGUGCUAGUCUUGCUAGCACACAUUCACCGAUAGAAGAACCUUCUUCUAUUCGAAGUUAAUAGAAUCUUGUUUUAUCUUGGAAUGUGCUAAAAGAAUAAUUGUUCCAAAAUGCUAAGAAUGGAGUGCUUGGUUUUUCCGGCACAGUAAGAAGCGUGUUUUGUACACACAUCUGACGUUUCUGUCAGCACUGAAAUGGCAUUGCUUUUAGAUUCUGGGGCACCAGAUGUUUUAACUGUUUCUAAUGUGCCGUUGACAGGUGUUUUGCCUUAUGGAUGGAGAUAUUUGGACACAUUUUAGCUGUAUUAAUGGUAAUUUUCAGGGUUAUGUGCAAACAGGCAGCUGAGCUUUUGCUCUUGAGCUCAGUUAUACGUUUGAUGUAUUUAAAAUACUAAGCUUCUCGACGUCGUUUUAGUUAACUCCUGCUUUCAGCUGGAAUCUGAUAGCCAACAGUGGAAGAACAGUUUCCAAACGUCCUGUCAACUAAGAAGUUAUACUGUGUAUCAUGGACAUCAAUGAUUUUGUAGUACUUCCAGGCUCAAAAACUGGAACCUCAGUGAGAUUAAAAGCAAAAACUGUCAGAGAAUUGCAGUUGGAGAAAGUGCAGUUAGAAACAGAAAAUGAAGAGAUGGAGAAGAAACUACGGCAACUACAGUUAAAGAUGAGCAGAGAAAAAGAAGAGAGAAGGAAAUCAAGUGCUUAUCACUGGAAAUCCGGACAGGCAGGACCAAUGACCAUCCAAGCCCGAGUUCUGUCACAAAGCAAAGAAAAAAAUAAUAAGGCUUCUUCGGGAAAAAUGAAGUUUCAAAUACUCAAGGAACAGAUUCCAGAGCCAGUGAAAGAACCUUUUAAGCAUGAAGUGGUAAACGCUGUAGCUCCUGAAAAACCUGCAGUGAAGGGGAUAGCAUGUGAACUAUGUGAAAUUAAGGGCAUGCAGCUGGAACUGUCCUCAGAAUCAAACUGUACAGACCUUGAAAUUCAGGACAAAGGAUUAUUACUAAAUGGAACGUUUAAUGAGGAGGAAUCUGCAAAGUCUUUUCAGGAAGCUUUGCUUCAGUGGAGGGAAGGAGAACAACUGUGUGCCAGUGAGGUCCUAUCAGAAUCUGUGGGAAUUUGUGAGGUACAGGCCAAUCUUACUGUUAUGAAGGAACCUAUUCAAAUUGAAUUCAAGAAGGAUGGCCUGAGCUACAUGGAGAAACUCUUGCUUAAGAAAUACAGAAGAACUCCUGUUGAUCGAAUUUCUGGUAGUUGCAUUAAAGAUUUAAGGCCUGUGCAAACACUGAGUGUACAUCAGGCUGCUGUUGCAGGAGGAGGAGGAGAUGAUGAUGGUGUUGAUGACUUAACAGCUGAAGAGGUCAGGAGAUACUGGACAUCUGUUUUUAGAGAGGAAGUACCCAACGCCAUUUCUGACAGUUCAGAGUCCUCUUUGAAAAUUGAAUUCCUUGAUGAUUCUUAUGGCAAGGACUUGGAAGAAUCAUCUGACUUUUUGGUAAUGGAAGCUGGGGCUAUGGGAAUGAAUAAGCAAGGAAAAACUGAACCACUCAAGCAGUGUGGAAGAAACCCUGUUUCUUCUGAAGAAAUUUCUCAAGAAAAAAUGGUUGCCUGCAGUCAUCUUGAAAGAAACACGUUGCAAAAGGAGAGCAUUGAACUAAAGACUAUGAGAAGAUCACUUGGCUCCUGUGAACUACCUGAGAUCUCUAACCCUGCUGAACUAAUGAGCAAUAAAUAUCUGCCUGAGGCACAACUGCAGCAAACCAAUAAAGAUUCACAAGAACUGGGUAGUGUCUGCAAUAGUCAGAGUUUGGUUUUGCCUGUAACUACGUCAUCUUCAGCGUUACAGGAUGUAGCCAAAAGACAGAAAUCCAUUUCUACACGGUAUCGAGGACUUGAAGGUUUCUUUGCUGUGGGUACAAACCCUAAACAAGUAAUUUCUGAAGCACGUUCUUCACUGUGUGCUAACUCUAGCUCCGUGGACAGUCGUAUAACAUUUUCAGGAAAUGGAAGGUGGAUUACUGAAAGGAGCUUAAGUGAGUAUGCUGAUGAGACUAUAGUUCAAGGUGUCUUAGAAAGUCAGUUGAAUAAACCUAUGGAGGCUCAAAAUAGAAUUUCUCCUUUGAUGGUACCGUGGAGGCCAUACCCAGGGAAUGAUUCUAGAAGACCUUGGUCAACAAAUAUGCUACAUUCUAAACUGACUGGAAAUUGUACAACAAACACUCAACCAAGACCAAAGAGUUCACCUACGCAUAUGUUGACACUUAAUACUGCGACGCCAAAACGAAAGUGCGCUGAUGUGACUAAACAAGAUGAGUGUCUUUGGGAAUAUGUUGCUGACCAAGAAGCUCUACUUACUCUGGAAAAAGAAUUACUAACUUACACAGGUCCUGAAAAACAUUACAGCUUAACUUCUGAAGAUGUAACCUCCUUCCACAGACACUCAGAGAAGAUAUGUAGAAAUACUACAGAUUUCCAUAAAAACCUGGAGGUAAAAGACCACAGCAUAUUUGAUACUCUUAGGGGCUGGGAUGAAAGCCAAAUGGAUGAUGAGGAAGAAAUUCUGGAGGAUAAGCAACAGGUUCUUGCAUUACAGUGAACAUGCAAAGAACUUAAUGCAAUUUUUAUCUUUGCAUAUCGAACAAAACCAAGAAGCAGACGAAGAGGUGUCUUGAGUGCUGCUCAAGAUAUUAUCUAUUAAGGAUUAUUUUGUAAAACUGUCAAUAAAAAUUCUUAAAACCCUCUUGAUUUUGACUUUUAUUA